UUCGAGACUAAGUUCAUCUACUUCACCAGAUUCACAUGUCUACAAUUUACUCUUCACGUCCCCGGAUUCCCUUUCGCUUUUUACCGCUCUACAUAUGUUGUCCACGUUGCCUGGACGUCCGACGUAGCGAAUUUGCGAAUUGCGGUCGAAGAGAUCACUGAUCGAUAUUCAAUUGCCCGGGUCGCUGUACAUUCAUCCUAGACUGUAUGUGCUCGUUAUAACAAGUCAAUGAAAAGAGCUGCUUGUUUUUUUUUUUUCAAGUCGGAAUUUGUGUGUGAUGGACGACGAAAUAAUAGACGUGAUCACCGAAUGUAGUUUCAAUUAUUUGGAAUCCCUGUACGAACCGUGGAACAAUUCGACAUCAUAUAACCCAAUUAGUCCUCAAUGGUUGAUUCAACUGGCAGACGAUUGGAACUCAGAACAUAGUGUUCGCAAGGAUGAUUCAAGGAAAUUGAAAAAACGUCUAUCAGAAGACGUUUGUGAUGAGUCUAAAUAUCGGGAGAUCCUCAAUAAAUAUAAAGAGAAUGAUGUAUUUGUACUACCGAACGGUGAAGAAAUAGUUAGGGUUCGUAAUGAUUCAAGUUCUGAUUCAGAAAUCGAUAUUAUGGAUGGAGAGGCCAAUAAUAAUAAUGUUGAAGAUUGGCAGUCAGUUAUAUCACAUGGUUUCACGAGAGAUAUUGAACACAUACCAGCACCCACCCAAGAAAGAUUUCUAGAAAGUAAUAUUAUAACUGCAGAUGAAAGAUAUUAUCAUCCAAACUUAUUUGGGAAAAAAGAUGAUAAAAAAUAUUUAAAAGUAAGAAAUACUUUAUUAGAUUUAUGGAAAGCAAAUAAGCCAUGUUAUGUAUCAAAAACAUUUGCUAAACAAAAAAUGAAAAAGUGUGGUACGGCAAAAGAAAUUGGACAGGUACAUUCAUAUCUUGAACAUAGAGGGUACAUUAAUUUUGGAUGUGAUGAAUGUAAAUAUCAUAAAAAUAUUAAAAAAGAAUUAGCUAAAGCAAGAAUAUUGAAAACUCAGUAUAAUUUAAAACCACCUCUUCUUCAUGGAAAAAAUAAAUCUUUUAAAAAAAUAAAAGCAAUGGGUGGUUACACAAUAUGCCACGAUAAAACUUCAUCUCCAUGGGAGCAUAAUUAUUCAGUUCCCAAAAAAAAUAAACGUUAACUAAAAUAUUUGUUGUAUAAAAAGCACUUUGGCUGUGAAUGGGUUACAUUUUGGUAAUUAUUCAAAUAUUAAAUAUGUAUUGGUUUUUCUUUUUAUUUGUAAAAACUGUCUUAUUUUUUUAAAAAAAUGACUGAAGCAAAUAAAUGCAAUUAUAAUUUUCAUUAUUUAUUAAAUACAUAAAAUAUAUGAAUGUAAACAAAAUAAAUAUCAAAAAUAGUGACCCAUGUUCUAAACUUACUUGUAAAUAGCUUAUAUUUUGACUUUUGUAAUCCGUUUGCUAUAAUCGUUGACUAUUAUUUUUAUUGUUACACCAUUUACUAAAUUUUUAGAAACCUGUAUCAUAUGAAAUAACUUGUAUUAAUUGUGUAAUAAUUAUUAUUGUAAAAAUGCCUAUUGAUUAAUGAGUAUGAACUUAGGAUUAUUAUGUUAAAAAACAACUAUUUUUAUUUAAUACAGUUAGUUUUAACUUAUGCAUAAUAAUGUAACAAUAAACAACUGAUUAUUUUUAAAUAA